CCCGCCCAUUUACCGUCACUGUACGGAAGCUAAUUCAUUACAGAGCAUUAUAGCACAUACACAUCUGUUAGAGAGAGACAUUUGUAUAAAAAAGUAAAUUGUAUUUAUAUGUAAUACGCAGUUGCCUUCCUAAACUGGAAUUAUUUUAUAAAAUCAGUGCAGCAGGCGAAUCAUUUAUUGGUGACACAUUAUGAAAGCUCUGAUUCUUGUUGGUGGCUAUGGCACAAGGUUACGGCCGCUCACCCUCACUGUCCCCAAACCACUGGUGGAGUUCUGCAACAAACCCAUUCUGCUACAUCAGGUGGAAGCUUUAGUCAAGGCUGGAGUCAGUCAUGUCAUUUUGGCGGUGAGUUACAUGUCAGAGCUGUUGGAACGAGAGAUGAGAGCUCAGGAAGAAAGACUUGGAAUAAAAAUCUCUCUUUCACAUGAAAAUGAACCUUUAGGCACUGCUGGUCCUUUGGCUUUAGCCCGUGACCUGUUGACAGACAGCGAGGAACCUUUCUUUGUCCUUAAUAGUGAUGUCAUCUGUGAUUUUCCCUUUGGAGACAUGUUGAAGUUCCAUCAGCAGCAUGGCAGGGAGGGCACAAUUGUUGUCACUAAAGUGGAAGAGCCGUCCAAGUAUGGUGUGGUUGUUUAUGAAGGGGACACUGGCAGAAUACACCGCUUUGUAGAAAAACCACAAGUGUUUGUUUCCAACAAAAUCAAUGCUGGGAUGUACAUCUUCAGCCCUGCCAUGCUGAGAAGAAUUCAGCUGCGGCCGACUUCCAUUGAAAAGGAAAUCUUUCCUGUCAUGGCAGAGGAGGAACACCUUUAUGCCAUGGAGCUGCAAGGGUUCUGGAUGGACAUUGGUCAGCCCAAGGACUUCCUGACAGGAAUGUGCAUGUACCUGCAGUCUGUUCGUCAACAGGCCCCUGAAAGGCUCCACAACGGACCAGGUUUCCUUGGAAAUGUUCUUGUGGACCCAACAGCAGUGAUUGGGAAGAACUGUACCAUCGGGCCAAAUGUGACAAUUGGAGCCGGUGUGGUUCUGGAGGACGGUGUAAGAAUAAAGCGUUGUACUGUUCUGAAGGGGGCACACAUACGCUCACACUCCUGGCUGGAGUCAUGCAUCAUUGGAUGGAGCUCAUCCGUGGGGCAGUGGGUCCGGAUGGAGAAUGUGACAGUUUUGGGGGAGGAUGUCAUUGUGAAUGAUGAACUGUACAUCAACGGUGCCAAUGUUCUGCCUCACAAGUCCAUUACAGACUCUGUUCCUGAACCACGAAUCAUCAUGUGAACCUGCCUUACACAGCUCUCCCAAAGUUCCAGAGUGUGUUUGGCAAAAAAACUCUGGAUCACAAAAGAGCAAUGGCUGAGAUGGGAAUGAGAUAUGUGAAGUUUUCAAGAAUGCAUUUAGAGAUGGUGGUAUUUAAAACUGUUGCUGCAGGUAGAUUACAUCUAAAAGUAGAUGUUCUCAAGUCAAGUCAAGUGUUGCAUUACACAGUUCUAGCCCGUCAAGUGCCAUUUUUAAGUGUCCUCUAUUACUGACAAUACGAUAACAUAACAAAUGUUAUUUUCUCAAGUAGUCUUCUGGUUUAGCCUGCUUUAUGUACAUUUUGUUGCUUAUGAGACAGCACUAGGCUUACCAGUAAGUGUUUCUAUUCUUUAGAAAAGAAUCCUUGUAAAGCUUUUGCAAUUCUCUUAAAUGGUGUGCCUGUAGAAUGAAUGAAAUAUACAAUGUUUCAGAUACAUGAUGCACUAAACGGCUGAUAUUUAUACACACACAUAAGAGUUACUAAACAUGUAUGAUACAAAUCAAUUUGUCUAAAUAUGCACAAACAAUGCCAUUUCUAGAAAUGUCAUUAGUACUUCCUGUGCAGAUGAACCAACAGAAAAACAGACAGUGAUGAAGUAAUGCAUCAAAGUAAUGCAUUCAUGCUGUGUACACAAAUGAAGAUUUUUUUGAUACAUUAUUUUCUAUCAAAUUAAUAUAAAUGUAAUUGGGGCAGUCAUAGCCUAGUGGGACAAAAGUCGGGCUUGUAACCUGAGAGUAGCCUGGCAAGUUGUGACUGAGUUGACCUUGAGCAAACAUGUCACUUUAACACAUUAAGCGUGUCUCUUUCUUAUGAGCUGUUUUUAUACUUGACCAUAAUUCAAAUUUUUAAAUUCAGAAUUCUUUAAAACCUAAAUAAAAUAAUCACUAUACCAUUCUUUA